AUGGCAGAAGAUAUUAAGAAGUCAUUAUCUGGAAAUACCAGUUAUUCAACGAUUGAAUUAUAUUCAAUUUGUGAAGAACUUACUGGUGAUAUAGAAAUUACUAUUGAUGAAUUUAAUGAACAAUGUAAAAAAGAUAAAUUACUUGAAAGGAUUGAACGAUGUGUAAAAAGUGUUGUGGAUAGUGCAAAUUGGAAAAUUAAUGACGUGAACUAUGUUCUAGCUAUUGGUGGAACAUGUUCUAUUCCACUUGUUAGAAACACAGUUUCUAAAAUAUUUGGAAAAGAUAAAGUUGUUGGACCUAGUUUUAACACAUACACAAGUGUUGUCAAAGGAGCUGCAUGUAGAGCACAUCAAUUAUCAAUAAAUAAAGAAGCUGAUAUAACACAGGUAAUGCCAUAUACACUUGGAUUUGGAUUAGUUGAUAAUAAGUAUGAUGUUUUUGCACCAAAAGGAACAAAGUUACCAAUUGUUUUUGCAGGGUGUUAUUCAAAUGCCCAUGAUAAUCAACGAAUAAUUAUUAUACCAAUUUAUAAAGGAGAAGGGAAAAAAACAAAUGAAGAAGGUAUGGAGUUAGUGACAAGUGCAGUAAUAACAGGACUGCCACCAGGAUUAAAAGUGGGUGAUUUUAAUAUGGUUUACUUAACAAUAAUAAAUACAAGUGGUCUUGUUGAAGUUAAAAUAAUUAAAGCAGACAAUGGUAAAUUCCUUAAUCAAAUGAAAGCAUUUGUGAAUUUAGGAUUUGAUGAAGAUAUGUUAAAGAAGAUUCAACAACAUCUUGAACCUUACAUCAAAAAUUCUGAAUAA